UUCCAGUAGGGGGCGCAUGUGAAGAUUUCUUUGCAUAACACGGUUUCAUGUGCUUCUGAAGAAAGAGCAUGGCAGCUACAGAAGCUCAUAAAGUGAUUGUUUAUGGAGGAAAGGGAGCUCUGGGCUCUGCAUGUGUGCAAUACUUCAGAGCUAAAAAUUGGUGGGUUGCCUCUAUAGAUCUCAAUGCCAAUGAAGAAGCCAAUGCCAAUGUUACAGUUAAGAUGACUGAAUCCUUCACUGAGCAAGCCAGUCAGGUGACAGCUGAUGUUGGUGAGCUGUUAGGUGAAGAUAAAGUUGAUGCCAUCUUGUGUGUGGCUGGAGGUUGGGCAGGAGGCAGCGCCAAGGCCAAAACUCUGUAUAAGAAUGCUGAUCUGAUGUGGAAGCAGAGUGUGUGGACCUCCACAAUUUGCAGUCACCUAGCAACCAAACACCUGAGAGAGGGAGGGUUGCUCACACUAGCUGGGGCUAAAGCAGCACUGGGUCCAACAGCAGGAUGCAUUGGUUAUGGUAUGGCUAAGGCAGCAGUACAUCAGUUGUGCCAAAGUCUGAGCGGGGCAAAUAGUGGUCUUCCUCCGGGAUCCGCUGCAGUAGCAAUACUCCCAGUGACUUUGGAUACACCCAUGAAUAGAAAGUUCAUGCCAGAUGGUGAUGUCAGUUCCUGGACACCACUAGAGUACAUAACAGAGCUGUUCUAUAAGUGGACUACAGGAGACAACAGACCUCCUUCAGGUACUCUGAUGCAGCUUGUUACUGCAGAUGGAAAAACAGAAGCUACACCGAUGUUAUGAUCAAUUUGAUGUAUGGUAACCAAAACCCUUCAAACCAAGCCAAUAACCCACCACUGUCUCUGCAUUAGUGAUACGUUUUGCCUUGCUGCCUUUUUGUUUACAUGUAAACAUCAAAUUACUGUAACUCCUAACUCUUAAAAAUAGGAUAGUUGCAUAAAAAUGAUAGAAAGAUAUUGUUUUGUAAAUGUGAUGGCAAAUGAAACUCUUUUAUUCUGAUGAA